AUGUCGUCCGAUACUUUAUUCAAAGCAAUUGCCCGUCGCGACCCUUCCAAGCGUCAAAUAAAGCCAGUGAAUACAGACCAUUUAGCUCUGUUAGACGAUAUAGAUGAUGACAGUGACAGUGAAUACAUUUGCGAAGAGAUAGAAGACGAUGAUGGGGAUGGUGAUGAUGAUGAUGAAGAGAGUGAUUCAGCUUGUAGUGAUGACGAAGCUUCGAACUCUGAAGAAUCUUCAGUCCAUUCAUCAUCAACCCAAGAUUCUGAAGUUCAGAUUACUAGCCAGAGCUUGAAUUUCAAAUCUAAAAGUGACUCACCUAAUGCUACGAAAAAUGGGGAGAUCAAAUGCCUACCAGAAUCUAUGUCCACCGAACCUGCUACUGGACAUGCUCUCGCAAAUAGCACUGGUGUGAAGACGAAAGACGUUGACAUAAUGAUAUGUAUGCUGUGUUUGGGCGAUAGUGUAGAUCUCAAUGAUGAGUUAAUUGAAUGUGAUGGAUGUGGUAUUGUUGUUCAUGAGGAUUGCUAUAAGGUGGUAGAUUCAAUAUUUUUAUCAAGCGGUGCUAGUUCUUCCAGUACAGACGCUUGGUUCUGUGAACCAUGUCUUGCAGGUGUGACAUCACCAAUCUGUGAAUUGUGUCCUGUGCUGGAUGGUGUAUUCAAACGGACAGAUAAUAACCGUUGGGUGCAUUUGUUGUGCGCAUUAUACACACCUGGUGUUGCUUUCAACGAUCCUGAUAACUUAAUGGAGGUAACACUCACAGAAUUACCUCAGAGACAGUGGUCUUUGCAUGAAUGUUCUCUCUGUGAAGACCGUUUCUUUGCUUGGACUGGUGUCUGUAUAUCUUGCGAUGCUGGUUUAUGCCGUACUUUUUUCCAUGUGACAUGUGCUCAGAAGCAUGGACUAUUGUCAGAACCUACCGUGGAUGAGACUUCUGCUGAUCCCUUUUUUGCACACUGUCGCCAGCAUACUGAUAAAACAGUCGCUAGACAUCGUCGACGUAAUUUCUUAACUGCUAUGCUUAGGUUGAGGAAGUGGAGGUCAAACAAACAGGUCCCUGUUAAUAAUUCUGAAGAAAAAAGACUACCAUGUUACUCUGGUGUUGGACAGGUGUUUACAACGGACAUGCGUAUUCAGCGUAAAUUCGAGCACUAUCGUGAUUUGUAUACAGAUCUCAUAAAGCAUCGUGACAAACCCUAUGUACCACUUGUAAAAACACCUUUGUUUUUGGAAACUUCUCCUGUUGCCAUGAGAUUGUUUGUCUCCAAGGCAAAGGCUCUCAGCUUGCCCAUCGAAUUUUCGAAUCAUGCAUCUAACGUGGACUCAUCAAAAGGUCCUACUCCCAGCUAUCCAGUAUUCACACCGGACUUUGUAUCCUAUUUCCUAGAACGUGAAAGAAAAAUUAUGGAAAUCUCAAAACACAUUUCGACUUUACAAAAUACUCAACGAGAACUGCAAAUAGCAGAUGCUAGCGCGUCACAUAGUUACAACUCGAUUACAGCGGAGCUAGAGAAACUAGUCACUCAACGUGGAGGCCUAUUUGUAAAGUUUUCUCACAUCGUCAAUACUCUGCGUAAUUUAAUUCCGGGGCUGAAGUUAUCAUGUGAACUAGAAAACGUGUUAUCAGAACAUUCGCGUCCAGUAGAAACGUCUACCUUAGAUGUUAGCUCUUCUGAUCCUUUGGAUUCCAGCAGAAGUGUCAAGUUUGGUUCUUCAGCAGUUAUUGCUGCUUCCAAGCGUAAACGUCCCUUUUCCCCAUCGUCUAAGGUGCGCAAAGUUUCAAAAUCUGAAACAAGUGAUCAGAAUACUACUGCAUCAAAAGAUACUGUUGCUUCACAUCUCGACAACUGUUCAGGAGUUAAAUUCGAACCAGAAAGUGUAAUUCUAGAGUGUACGGUAUGCCAUGGACUUCAGGAUCAACACUUGAUAACAAGUUGCGAUGCUUGUGGAAAAGCCUUUCAUUUAGCUUGUCUUGAUCCUCCCUUACUACGUAUGCCGAAACGCAGUAAAAUUUAUAGUUGGCAAUGCUCGUUUUGCACUAAAGAUGUAUCUAUGAUCCCGGGAACUGAUACAAUCGAUGUAAACGCUCCUCGUCAGCUUCGUCGUUCUGGUGGGAUACCAUCUAGCAAAACACCUUCCGUAAAACUGGAAGUUACGAAGGCAUCUAUUCCAAAGGACUCAUCGAUCAGCAAAUCAGAAGUAGAUCCGAAUCUUCAAAUGCCUGUAAGUAGUAACCCCACAAUUUCCGCUGAGAAUAAGUCUCGCGUCACCAGUAGAUCUGCUGCUUCACGACAUAAGAAAAGCCGCUCAUCUGUGGGUGCAAAAUCCAGUUUAGCCAGUCCAGUUAGCAAAGGUGGGAAAAGGAAGUCGUCUGGUGUCUUAAAGACAAGUUUGUCAUCGAAAUGUAAAUCCCUAUUGUCAAAUAGGCGAACGCAAAGACGCAAAUUGGCUCCUGAGAUUCCCCUCGAAAAUGACUUUCUAGACAAGAUCGAUUCAAAGGUAACUUCUUCUCCUUCAGUGGUAAUGACUCAGGUUUGCAGUGCUGAUUUUGACCAGGUAAAUAUAUUUUUCGCCUUUAUAUAUUUUGGAUGUGAAUGGUCAAUGGCCAUGACCUCGAACUACGUUUACGGUGGUUCAGGAAUCCAAAAUAGUAAUAUGCUAUCUUAUACGUUAAAAAAUCUGUCACUGGGACCUAAUCAAGUAUCACAGAUAAGUGAUCAAAAUACUAGCUCAUUAUCAAUGGUGCCAUCGACUGCACAGUUAACUUUUACUCGUUCAGUUCCUGGUUCAUCUGCUGAAAGUACCCUUCGCCAGCCUUCUAGUCGUCCCACAGGAAUACCAGAUUUUUUGUCGCUGAAUUCUGGACCAGUUAGCAAUAGACCUUCUGUGCUGUCCACUGUAUCUGUUUCAAAAGCUUCUUCACUUAUUCCUCAAAAUGGGCAUCUUACCAAGGCUCCUGAAAGAGUCGCUCUCACGCCGAAAGCUGUUGUUCCGGCAAACCACGGUUUCGCCAACAUGUUUCGCCAUCGAAUUCCUGGCGUUCCUUCUUCACGCAUGGUCUCCAACUUGCCAGAUGGCCGUCAAGUUCCUUUGAGUUCUGACAUGUGUCAAACCUUCUGGUCCGGUCGAUUUAGUGGAACGACCAGUGACAAUCUUUCGGGAGAAGGGAUCAAUAAUUCUAAUGUCAAUCAGUCGAAUUCAUCUGCAUUUGAUAAUAUGUUGGCUUCCCCCCACUCAUUUGGAAAUUAUUUACCACCGACUUUAAGACCACCUACUCAGCCUACACAGCCUUAUAUGCAAAAUUCAUCCAUUCCGUCUCUAAACUUUUGCCAGGCCGAGGCAGCAUUACCACCCGAGAUACGGCCUGACAUUCAUCUAACUGCAUUCAGUGAAUCCAAUUGUGUAAUCCCCAUUACUGUUUCUCAGUAUUACUCAAGUCAUCAGUUUGAAAAUACAAAAAAAUUACAGGCUUGUGGUGGUCUCAGAACGCCUUCGUGGAUUCUCGUUCCGCCGGUUCCUGAGGACAUUGCGUCUCACAUGAGAACGGGAAGAAUUCAUGAAUUUAAGUCGAAUUUGCUCAAUAACCGUAACUCUAGUUUCAUUACAAUUGAUGACGAUCUCAAGCGUGUGCUGCGCAACAAACUUGAGGCCUGUUUAUUAACAGUUGAUGAAGCAACAAAGGAAAAAUUGCCUCGCAGUCUUGGACCAUAUACUGACAUUGUUCCUCUUGAAGUUAUUGAUCAACCACGAGCAUCUGUUACAUUUGGGCUUCCUGGAGUUUGUUUUAAAGCUUGGUCUCCAAGAUUUAAUUCUCAUGUCCUCCUUAGACGCAUAGUUCUGCCACCUGAGCAUGGAGCAACUUUAGCCCCCGAUGCUUAUUAUUUAGCUAAACAUCUCUCAGAAUUAAAUCAUUCUUCAAUUGUUGGAUUUCGGGAUGUAUUUUUCACAGAUGCUUUCAGCGAUAAUUCGGUUAUACUGGUCUACGAAUACAUACCGUGUUCUUCAACUUUACAACAAAUUCAUAUGAGCGACCCCUUGAAAGUAACUAGUUUUACUUCACCAUUCAAUAUUAGUCGUACAGUUUUACCUCAUAGUUCAGUAAAGAAUGCACCAACUGAUCUGGGAAUGCCUCAAGAAUCUGUUUUAUGGUCGUAUUUAGUUCAGUUAACCAGUGGCCUACGGUUUAUUCAUCAAACAGUUCGUCGGUCAUGCGGUAUACUAGAUCCUACCAAAGUGUUAUUACAAGACGGUCCACGCUUGAAAAUCAACUGCUUUGGUUUAAAGGACAUUCUGUUCUAUUCUGCACAGGAUGCUAAUUUGUUGGAAAAUCAGGCUUCCGAUUUCAUACAACUUGGCAAAUUAAUGUUAGGAGUUGCAUGUGGCACAGUUGCAGCUGUACAGGCUAGUCAACGGGUUUCUUCCUUUAAUUUAAUGCAACGAGCAUAUCGACCAGAAUUGGUAACUCUAAUCCGUAGUCUUAUAUCAGGACAAAUUACUGGAGCUGAUCAGCUAAUGCGAGCUACUGCACCAUUUGCAUUUGAUCAUUUAACAAGGCUAUAUGAUCAUUCAGACUUGUUAGAAAGUCAAUUAUUAUCAGAAUUGGGAUGUGACAGACUUUUCCGACUUAUCUGCAAAUUACAGUCCAUUGUGGAGCGUUGCGAUCAGGGUAUAUCUCCAGAAUGGUCUGAAACCGGUGAUCGUUAUAUGUUAAAAUUAUUCCGAGAUUUUGUAUUUCAUCAAUCCGAUCCCCUUGGUGCUCCAUACUUAGAUCUUGCGCAUAUAAUCACUACAUUGAAUAAGGUUGAAGCUGGUUCACUUGAACGCCUGUGUCUUGUCAGUCGUGAUAGUCAAAAUGUGAUUAUAGUCACAUAUGCAGAUAUUAAACAGUGGUUAGACACAAGUUUCUCUUAUCUGGUAGAAAAACAUCGUCAAAGUCGAUGUGAACUACACCUUGCACAACAAAGACACGCUCCUCCUGCUCCUGCUCCGCCUCCUCCUCCUCAACACCACCACCAACAACAACAAGAACAGCAACAAGACAUCUCCACCUCUGUGCCAACUGUUUCUGAAACCUGA